AUGGAGAACCAUCAAUUGUCAUUCCCUGUCUCAUCUUCAUCAUCCGUUUCUCUACCUGAUUUAAAAGUUGCUCAUAGCUCUAAUAUUCAUGUUAAAAAGGCAGAUGAUCUUUCAAAAACUCAAAGGAAAAAGAUAUCAAGCCAGAAAGGUGGCAAAGAGAUCAAGCAGCACAGAUAUGUAUUUCAAACAAGGAGUCUGAUUGAUAUUCUAGACGAUGGGUACCGAUGGAGAAAGUAUGGGGAAAAGGCAAUGAAAAACAAUAAAUUUCGUAGAAGUUACUACAGAUGUUCUUAUCGAGGCUGCAAUGUCAAGAAACAAAUCCAACGCCAUUCCAUAGAUGAACAGAUCGUGGUAACAACCUAUGAAGGGAUGCAUAUCCACCCUGUCGAGAAGACAGCUGAAAGCUUCGAGCAGAUCUUGAGAAACUUAAAGAUAUACAGCCAACUGUAUAACGUAUCUCCAACGUUAGAAUAA